AUGGGAGGCGGCACGCCCCCGUCCAAGUUCCCCACUACGCUCAUCAAGCGGAUGAAGAAUCUGGAGAAAUUCUGUUGCCAUCGGUGCAACCCGGGUCCCAUUCUUCCGAGAGGACUUCUUCAAUUCCGCAGCAAUGCCUUGAAACUGGUGGACCUGAGGGACAAUGGAAUCUCCAGGGUGGAGCCAGGAGCAAUCGCUGGUCUUGCACCGAGUACGAAAAUUUACAUAAACGGAAACGACAUCGCGGUGUUGUCCGAGCUCAGCUUCCGACCGAUCUUGGAUGUUCUCUCUUCGGGGGAUGGAGUCCUGGACGUAAGCGGCAAUCCCAUCCUGUGUAAUUGCGAGAUGGCAUGGCUGGUGCUCCGUCGGAAAUUUCUAAGGAACGUCUCUGGGAAGUGCCAGAACGGAACGGAAUUCAAGGACUUGGACUCGGAUUCCAUAAGGGCAUGUCCUCGUGAUUGUCCUUACCAGUGCGUCGACAGCCGUCGGUUGUCUCUCUGCACGCCAGGGACGGUGACUCUUUCGCACGUGGACGACUGUGGACCCGGGGAACUGUGCUGUCGGCGAAACGUCCCAAAAAACGCUGCAAUGAUGUCAUCAGUUCCAGAUAUGUCCUUCGGAGAUAGAGAAACGACAGAUGUCACGAUCGGAUGCGGCCCGUUAAGCGGACCUGCGCAUGGAUCUCUCAAGAUUCAAUCGUGUCCGAUCGAUUCUGAAACGAUUGAUGAAACAAAUAAUGCAGCGUGUAUUCAAGAUGGGGGAUACGAAGUUGGGACCAUCGUUAGCUUCGCGUGCAGCGAAUAUUACGUUCUAACGGGACCCAAGAAUCGAAGAUGCACCGAGGACAGAAAAUGGACGGGGAAUGAGCCAUUUUGUGAGCCAGUUUGUGGAAGAAAGAACGACCAAGUGACGCCGUCCAAAGGAGACAAAAUAGGAAGAUGGCCAUGGCAGGCCGCGAUUCACGACAUCAAGAAACAAGACGUCGUCUGCGGAGGCGCCCUCAUUCGGGAGCAAUGGGUGCUCACGGCGGCCCAUUGCGUCACCGUCGGGGAUUCCACGAAACGUCGAAACCAGACAGACUUCUUGGUUUAUCUCGGGAAGCACUAUAGAGCUAACGACAAGGACGAUGAAUACUUGCAGAUCAGACAGGUGUCCCACAUAAUCGUGCACAGGAGAUUCAGCGUAGAAAACCAUGACUCAGAUAUCGCCUUGCUGAAACUAGCAGCGCCUUCCGCGCUCACAGCGCGAGUGCAGUUGGUGUGCCUCCCGACCGAAUUUCAGAUCUCUGACCAAAACCUCCAGGACGAAAUGGAAGGAUCGGUGGCUGCCUGGAGCAACGACAUUCCGGACUCGCUUGCAUCGACCCUGACAGAGGUUCGACUCCCCGUGAUAUCAAACCGCUUGUGUCGUCGAGACACGACGGCAUUCACCGGGGACCACACCACCACUCGUACCCUCACCGCAAACAUGUUCUGUGCUGGUCAUUCCAGAAACACUCCAGUCGAAGCAUAUCAAACGGUGUGUCCUGGGGAUUCCGGAAGUCCCAUGGUCUUCCUCUCGAAUGCCUCACAGGACAGCCACUGGACGGUGGAAGGAAUCGUGAGUCACUUUUUCCAGAGCGACACUUGCUCCACGAGGCGCCCGGGACAGUAUGUCGUUUUCACCAAAGUUAAUCGGUGA